CUUAAUAUUCAUCUAUUUUAAUAAAUAAUGACUGAGAACAUAAAAAAAAGAAAGUGGGAUCAAGAAGAUCAAAAGGACGAAAAUGCACCAGAAAAGAAAGUAACAAAACUAGAUGCUGAUCCUACAAAAGUAGCUAGUGAAGCAGCAGCUAGAAUCAAUGCCAUGCUUCAACAGAAAGGAAUCAACCUACAUGCUGAAGAGAGCAAAGAGGGUGAAUUCACAAAGAACAUCCCAAUUAAUGAUUUGAAGAAUAGAUAUAUGCUAACUCGUGGAGCAACUCAAUCUCAGAUUCAUCAGGAAACCGGAGCAGAUGUGACAACACGAGGAAAGUAUUAUCCAGAUAUAUCCUUAGCCUCACCGGGAGAACCACCACUCUAUUUACAUGUUAGCGCAAAAACAAGAGAAUCUUUGGAUAAAGCUGUGAAAAAGAUACAGGAGUUGAUCGAGACUGCACAAGUUCCUUCGGCUCAGCCAGUUGAGAAGCCAGAAAAACGAUUUGAACGCAAGCUCUUUGAAAAGAAGAUACCUGUGAAUGUACCUGGUAAUCCACCUUUCAACCUUCGCGCCAAAAUUGUAGGUCCUCAAGGUGCCUUUGUAAAGCAUAUUGUUCAAGAAACAGGAGCUCGUGUGCAAUUAAAGGGAAAGGGUUCUGGGUUUAUUGAUGCAACUACUGGUAAAGAAUCAGAGGAAGAAUUGCAUGUCCAUAUCACUUGUCUUAAAGAGGAUGGCUUGGAUUCAGCAGUUAAAUUGACUGAGGACUUAUUGGCUACGGUUAGACAAGAAGCUGAAAGGUUACAAUCUUAUGGAUAUGGACGUGGUCGUCCAGGUUACAACGGAGUAAGUGUGAUGAUAACAUACAGUUUUUUUUACUUUAUAAAGCAUAAAAAAAAGAAGCACGCAAAAUGA